AUGGGGAAGCGCAGCGCCCCCCGCUACCCGGAGGACGAGAACAAAGGCGGCGGCGUGUGCUGCUGCUUGUGCGGCUGCUGCUGCUUCCUCUUAGUCCUCCUUGCAUUAUUGCUCGGCUCCUUGGUCUACCUCGCCUACACCUUGAAGCCCAAGGCGCCGUCCUACUCCGUGAGCAAGAUGGCCGUCUCGAAGUUCGACUUCAGCUCCUCCGACCUCACGCUCUACACUAAGCUCGUCGCCACCGUCCGCGCCGAGAACCCCAACGACAAGAUCGGCAUCAAGUACGCGGACGGCUCCCACACCGUCGUCUCCUACCGCGGCACGCCGCUGUGCUCCGGCAAACUCCCCACCUUCUUCCAGGGCCACAACAACGUCACCAUGCUGGAGAUCUCCAUGGAGGGGCGCCACGGGUUCGGGUCCGGCCUGCAGGAGGCGCUCGAGGAGAGCGAGAAGUCCGGCAACGUGCCGCUCGACGUGUACGUCACCGUGCCGGUGCAGCUGCUGCUGGAUACCUACGACUUGCCGCAGCUCAAGGUGAACGUGCACGCGGCUCUCGUCGUCGACAGCAUAUCGCCCAAGAAGGCGCCUACCAUCAAGUCGGCCACUUACCAGGGCAACGUAGAGUACUGA